UGACGAAUCACGCGUGUUAGCAAAGCGAGGGAUUCGCGUCACCACGCAAGAAAGAGUCGGAAGUGUCGAGACACUCGGACUGUUAUUAUUUUUCAUUAAAUCUGAAUAUUUUGGACUGAUUAAAAUGGGGAAAGCUGAUUUUCUAAGUCCUAAAGCGAUCGGGAACAGAAUUAAAGCCAAAGGUCUUCAGAAACUGCGCUGGUAUUGUCAGAUGUGUCAGAAACAGUGUAGAGAUGAAAAUGGCUUUAAGUGUCACUGCAUGUCUGAGUCUCAUCAGAGACAGCUGCUGUUAGCUUCAGAGAACCCCUACCAGUUCCUGAACUACUUCUCUGAGGAGUUCAAAAGUGACUUCUUAGAGCUGCUCCGAAGGCGUUUUGGGACUAAACGAGUUCACAAUAACAUCGUGUAUAAUGAGUACAUCAGUCAUCGGGAACACGUUCACAUGAACUCUACUCAGUGGGAGACACUCACCGACUUCACCAAAUGGCUUGGGAGAGAAGGUUAUUGCAAAGUGGAUGAGACUCCGAAAGGCUGGUACGUCCAGUACAUUGAUCGUGAUCCGGAGACCAUCCGCAGACAGGAAGAGCUAGAGAGGAAGAAGAAACAGGACCUGGACGAUGAAGAACGCAGCGCCAAAUUCAUCGAAGAACAAGUUCGCCGCGGCCAAGAGGGCAAGGAGCCAGAGGAAGAACCGGUGUUCACAGAACUGAAGCGAAUGAAUGAAGACGAGAAAGUGGCUUUUAAUUUGGACAUUGCUUUAGCAGGACCUUCUAAAACAAGCACCACUUUGGGUCCUAGUGCCCUUAAAGCUGCAGCCUCUGCAAAAAGGAAAGAGCCUUCCCACAGCAGAGACUCGAAGGACAAAAAAAAGAAAUCGGCUCUGGAUGAGAUAAUAGAGAUGGAGGAACAGAAGAAGAAAUCUGUGAGAUCGGAUAACUGGAUACAAGCAAACAUUGUGGUGAAAGUGAUCACUAAGAGACUGGGAGAGAAGUAUUACAAGAAGAAAGCAGUCAUCCGGGAAGUGCAGAAUAAAUACACCGCUGUGGUGAAGAUGGUCGACUCUGGAGACAAGCUCAAACUGGACCAGAGUCAUUUGGAGACCGUCAUUCCGGCUCCUGGUAAGCGGGUUUUGAUUGUGAAUGGUCAAUAUAAAGACACCGAGGCUAUCCUGGAAGGCAUAAAUGAACACAAAUUCUCUGCUACACUCACGUUAGACUCGGGUCGGAUGAAAGGAAAGACAGUGGAGGGGAUUGCAUAUGAGGACUUCUCCAAAUUGGCCUGAUGUUCGAUCUUCUAUUUCAGAGUGCAUAAUAAAGACUCUUAAAUGACCCGAUUUACAUAUUGGAACAAAAUGACCAAUGGUUUUUAUUGUGGUUUUUUUGUCCAUUGUUAUCUCUGUUGUCAUUGAAAACAGUUGCAUAUGAUUUUAAAAUAUUUCCUUAAGCAAUUUUUCAAUUAAAUGUCUCGCUGCAAAACCUCAAGUCAGAUUUUAUAAUACAGGAAUUCGUUUCUGAUUGGCUUUAAUUGAGUAAUUUCAGUUGGUUGAUGUGCAUCACUGUUUUCCUAUGUUUUGUAUAUAUUUUCUUGUAGUAUUAAAAACCUUUUUUCAAA